UAUGAAAGAUGGAAGUAGUAUCUAGCCUGGUAUCAUUCACACUAACCAAGGUUUUGCAGCUCUCCAGAUUUUCUGAGACGAAGAAUGCGCAGAGCAUAAAAAAGAUGGAAGAGAAAGCAUUAGAAGUUUAUGACGUGAUUCGUACAAUUCGGGAUCCAGAGAAACCAAACACCUUGGAAGAGUUGGAUGUUGUGUCUGAGAAGUGCGUUGAGGUCCAAGAACUGGGCGACGAAGAAUACCUUAUCAUUAUCAAAUUCUCCCCGACUGUUCCCCACUGUUCUCUGGCAACGCUGAUUGGUCUUUGUUUACAAGUCAAACUCCAGCGAUGUUUGCCAUUUAAACACAAGCUGGAAAUUUAUAUUUCUGAAGGAACUCACUCUACAGAGGAGGACAUUAACAAACAGAUCAACGACAAGGAGAGGGUUGCUGCAGCCAUGGAGAACCCUAACCUGCGCGAGAUCGUGGAACAGUGCGUUACUGAGCCUGAUGAUUGAGAGGACAUCCGUUUCGGUGAUGGGACCCUCGCCACAGCUCUUUGGGACCAGAACCACAAUGUUUAAAGGGCCACCGAGGCCUGUCCAUCCAUCUGUUAGUGCAAGGAGCCUGAGGCUUCGUAAGCCUUAAAGUGGCUGGGGUAGUAGAGUGUUACCAGGGUCUCAGUGAUUUAACAGUGCUUUGCUAUGGAAUGCAAAAUAUUAUUUGAUUUAUUCAUUCAAAUAUUAUUCAUCAGUGAUUGAAAGCAUUUGGUAGUUCUACCCAUUACAAGGUUCACAUAUUCUUAGUCUCCCAUCACUACUCUAAGUAGUUCAGCCAUUAGUUAUGAAUAUAUAUAAUGUAUAUAUAUGUGUGUGUGUGUUGGUAUAUGUCAUUGGGACUUUUGUGUCUUCUGAAUUAAAAAAAAAGUCUGGUUUGAAAAUGAAUAUCAGGGAAAGUGUUUGGUUGGACAUCAUGUACUAAUCUGAUCACUAAUCAUGUACUAAUCACACACCAAGCCAAUUACAGUACCUCCAACCAGACUUUCCCUGGAUUAUAUAGUCAUUGCAAAAUUACCCUUGGUGCCUUUUAAAAUGCUGUAAAACCAUGGAUAUUGUGUGACUGUAUGGAAAUAGAAGAUAAAGGUCAGGACCAACCCUUCUCAUGCUUGUCGGUAGAUUAGAGAUUUCCUCUGCUUUAUAAAUCACAGACAUGGCAAAAACUGAUAUUGGGAGGAAAAUAUCUAUUUUCGACUUUUCCAUGAGAGUUAUUGAAAAGUUAACUAACUGAACUGGGAUGACUUUGGGGAGACUGAGAUGACUACAUACGCUUUUGUUUGGAAGCUGUAAAAUAGAAGAGUCUGAGGUGGAUGUAGGUCAUCUUGAACAUUGUUUUAUUUUAAGAACAUGAUCCAGGAGGAAGUUGUGUCUGAAGAGCUUUCACAAAGCAUUGAGCUCAACCAAGGGGGAAAUGUAUUCUUCCUGCUGUUGCUCUGUCAAUAACCAGAAAGGACUGUUAUCAAGAAAAGAGUGUUGUCCUAGCUGGAAAGGACUUUCAGAGUCACCUGUCAAGAAAAACAAGUAAAACAGCUCUUGCUUUAGCUUUCAUAGAUUUCUGGCAUCAAACGAAUUGCAGUGUUAAAUUACCUCCUCAAAUUUCCUUCAUCAAUGAAUCCACAUGAUGUCAAACGUUCAUACAAUGCAGAUUUAAGAAAUUUUUAUAGACGUGAAUAAAAGUCUUCCCUUGCUUCCAUUCAGAUUCAUAGGUGUUUGAGAAAAUAUUGUGAUAAUUACGCCAUUUCUGUGUCAGGCUUCCCUGAAAUGCAGGUGUCAGUGUGUUCUGAAUAUAAGAUCAUAUCUUUGUACCUAACUGAUACGCUUUUUAAAAAUGUGUUUAUACAAUAAAUAAAUAGAGUCAGAUGUUUGCAAAACAUGAA